GUCUUAGUUCGUGACAUAUUGUUCAUUACAGUCGUCUGGGAAUGAAGACGAUUCUCCGUCAUCUAAACCUGGAUAGGGAUACAAUUCUUGCUCUUCUAUGCAUUGAGUCAUUACUUCUUCAAAUCAUGACGACGUGUUUUAAAAAAGAUGACGCAAUGGAAAAUGUUUUCAAAUGAUUUUAUCUUAAAGUGUAACAAGAACGUAUUGUGAAACAAAUAAAGAGAGAAACUUUGUUUCGCACAGAGCCAUUGCGAGAGAGCUGGGUCAACUCCGUUGGCACCAUUUUUUCAAAGCCAAACACAAACCGGAAGUUAGCUUGGGGUCAGGGGCGCGCGCGUCCGAUGAAAAGGUCUAUGUGAAGUAAAUAUGAAAUAAUAAAGUUGAGCAUUUACUAUAGUUCACUAUUGAAUGAUUAUGUUAUCAUAGGCCUUGUCAUAUUAAACCUGCAUUUAGUCAACUAUUUUAUAAUCGACUAUUCUUGCGGUUGGUAAUAGUUCUCUGUCUCUACAUGUAACGUGUUGCUGAUCGAGGCACGAGUAACUCCGAUAAGCAGCAGGCCUUUAGCAUGUUGAUUUAACAGAACUGUAGCCCACAUCCAUUUUACCCUCAGGAGAUUCACUGUUGUUUCCACGGCAACUAGCAGACCCUUGCCCUUCCCAGGGCUCCUGACAUUCAUUCGGACCGUACCACCUCACACUGUAAAUAGGAGGGCGAAGAAACACCGUCUCGGCGACACACUCGACUAGAUCACAAGCUACAUGUACUAACGACAGCGUUUUAAAGUGCCAAACACACAAACGUGUUUUAAAAGACACGAAGAAUGAAUUAAACGUUUAUUCCAGUAAAAAAACAAGCUCCCCCCCGGCCCUGUCACAUGACUUGGUCCCUCCUCCCACGAGCUGUCAGAGAGCAGCUUGUUGCACGAGCAGCUUCUUGGUAAACUAAACUUGAGUUGGGUGUAAAAUCUAAACCAGUCACCCGACGAAACGCGUUUCGCGUGGACCGACGAGAAUGUGCACUUCGGUGGAGACACGAGCCUGAACUCCAAUGACCUAACGAGUCGGCUUUUCGUCGAGAAUUCGCGCUGGCUGCGUGAUUUGUGGGGAAGAAACGGCAGCGGCGGCUCACGGAAACCAGAUCCCGGACAGAAGUGCCUUCUCUGACGAUGUUCCUACUUGAAGCUGCUCACAUCCCUUAACGCUCAAUCGCUUCUGGCCCUAAGUAGUGUCCACACGACUCCCAAGAGCGGAACAUCACGGGGAACACAUCUCAUUUCCUCUGUCUUGCCAAAGCACAAGGAAACGGCACGCCUCUAUCAUUCACAGAGCGAUAUUACAUAUUACUCCGAAGAGAGACAUUGCCUUCAAAUAGAGUUAUCCAGCAUCAUCUGAGGAGACGGACGUUUGGAGACGGAUGUCCUGGAGCAUGUUCUUAUUGUUACAUCCAUGUCGUGCACCUGAGACUUAAUGACUGAUGAGUGACUUGUCAGAGAUUGACAGCUUUACUGAUAGCGCCCAUCUCCCAUGCUCCUGCCAGCGGGGCUCUGAAUGUCACGUCUCUGUUUAAAGAGCCCCAUCAACAAACGGCAGUAAGCCACAAAUAAAAACAGUGCACGUUCGUAGAUUAUUAGAGACAAAUCAAAGUGAUUUCUUUUACCGAAGCAUCCCAAGGUUCCGGUUCAACGCAGCUUUGAUAUGGCGUUAAACAUUGCUUCCAUGAGAGACACAAAAUGGCUGACGCUAGAGGUGUGCCGGCAGUUUCAGAGGGGGACGUGCUCGAGGAGCGACGAGGAAUGCAAAUUUGCACACCCGCCCAAAAGCUGCCAGGUGGAGAACGGAAGGGUGAUCGCAUGCUUCGACUCUCUAAAGGGUCGGUGCACGCGGGAGAACUGUAAGUAUCUUCACCCGCCGGCUCAUCUGAAGACUCAGCUUGAGAUCAAUGGACGCAAUAAUCUGAUCCAGCAGAAGACGGCAGCGGCCAUGCUCGCCCAACAGAUGCAGUUCAUGAUCCCCGGAACAACCAUGCAACAAAUGCCUACGUUUUCCGUCAGUCAAGCUAUGGGCUCGAAUCCUGGUCUCAGUUACGCACAGUAUCUGACUCCCAUGAGUCACAGCAUGGGUCUCGUCCCCACUGAGAUGCUCCCCAGCGCCCCCGUCAUCGUCCCUGGCAGCCCGCCCAUCAACAUGCAGAGCUCCUCCUCUUCACAGAAACUCCUGCGUACUGACAAACUCGAGGUGUGCCGUGAGUUUCAGCGGGGAAACUGCGCUCGAGGAGAGACCGACUGUCGCUUCGCCCAUCCCAGCGACAGCCCCAUGAUCGACACGAGCGACAACACGGUCACCGUCUGCAUGGACUUCAUCAAGAGCCGAUGUUCACGUGAGAAGUGCAAGUAUUUCCAUCCACCUGCGCACCUGCAGGCCAAGAUCAAAGCAGCGCAGCAUCAGGCCAACCAGACGGCCGUCGCAGCACAGGCCGCCGCUGCAGCUAUGACUCAGUCGACUGCCAAAGCAAUGAAGCGACCCUUCGAGGCAUCUGUAGAUCUGGCGUUUCCUCACGGAGUCCUGCAGCCUCUACCAAAGAGACAGGCGCUGGAGAAGAGUAACGGGGCGAGCACGUUCUACAAUCCCAGCAUCCUUCACUAUCAACAGGCCCUGGCCAAUGCUCAGCUCCAACAGCCCACCUUCUUUCCUACAGAAGAAAGAAACUCACACAGGGGAUAUACGUCAACAUUUUUAGGGUCAGUUCUGUGCAUGGCUCCUGCUAGCAGCAUUGUCCCCAUGAUGUACAGUGCUACGCCUGCUACUGUCUCUGGCGCAACAACUCCUGCCACAAGUGUCCCCUACGCAACAACAGCACCAGCCAAUCAGAUCAUUCUGAAAUAAACCGCAGAAGAGGACUGGGCUGUCAAGAAAGCGCUCUGAGAUACCCCAAAACAUCCCAGUGUAAAUACAACCUGCCCUCCCCUAUAGAACUACAGCAACCUGCAUGCUAAAGAGUACACCAAACCAAGCACACACACACAUACACAGUAUACCUGUUAUUCUCCACAAACAUCCGGCUGCUGAAUAGAUUAUCAAACUAAAAAAAUCACACAAUAUAAAAUAUAUAUAUAAAUAUAAAUAUAUAUGGAUGUAUAGAUGUAUGUCGAUGUACAGCACGUUUCAUAGAGACACACAGUACGUGAGAAUUCAUUUGAAUGACUUGAUGUCAGAUAACGUGUACUUUUCUCCCAUGUUACUUUCAAUCAAAUCAAAUGCACAACGCAAACCCAAAAACGGGCAAAAACAAAAGACGUUUGCACGGUUGGGAGUAGUGCACAAGUGCCGGAUCGUCUUGAAUCAUGGGACGCUUUCUGAAGAGUUUGUCUUAACAAUCCUCAGCGCUGAGGAGACGGGAUUGAUUUCAUUUGAAAAACAAACAAACAAACAAACAAACAAACAAAGAAAGCUGAAUGUGACAGGGCAGACGAAGAGAUGUCUGCAGAUCGAUUGAAUGUCUACUGGUGGAAACGCGCUCGCAUGCCUCCUUCCGGAAGUUCACCUGCUCGUCCACCCGCGACCCCAACGGCCAAAGAACGGUUUACAACUCAAUAAAGCGCAUUCAACGUCAAACAACAAACUUCAUCAGUUUCGGAAGUGUGAAUGUGGCGAACCUCGUGCCAUGAAAACGUCUCGACGAAGGACUGCGUUUAAUGCCUACUUGAUGCUAUUUUUGGUUUCGUUUUUAAUGGACGGUGAAUGAUUUCGAUGCGUCUGUGUGGAAACACUGGCCAUCCGGGAGUCGACUGUGGCUUCUGUACCGUGCCAAGGGCUUCAUUAUAAACUGGAGAGCUGCUGUAAUCUCACACGAGUCCUGAACCAGACGGACCAAACCGGCGUCUGGACGGAAUGAAUGAGGACGAGGCGCAGGACACGUGACGUCACCGUGGUGAACGGAGGGCGGAGCACCCUCGCCGCUAAACCUGUUUUAUUUGAUAAACAGUAGAAGUGCCUCAAAAAUAUAUUUUACACAGCAAGCGUCUUGAAAAGAUCGACUAUGUGCGGUCGGGUGUAAAAAAAACUGUAUGGUGACGAAAGCAAAGCUCCCAAAAAAUCCUGGCCAAUUUGAGAAAGAAAAAAAAGACCAUCAUCACAUGCUUUUGAAAAUGUUCAACAUCAUUUUCUCCUGAAGAUGGAAUAAGUUGGCGUCGUAUAGUCAGAAUGUUUGUUUUGUUUAUUCUAGUAGUUUACAUUGGAAAUGUAAUUGCGUUUGGUCAGGACGAGCUCAAUGUCUGUAACAUGAUGAUUGUCUUUGCAGUGUGUUUUACACAAAGAGAAGAUUUGAGGUUUUCGUUUUUUCUUUUUUAAGUCUGGACUGUCGUUUUCUUCUAACAGCGUUCAUUAAUCCGUUUUAUUUAGACCUGGAAUCUGGAUGAAUGAAUACACAAGGCCUUCUUUAUCUCUCCCUCAUUUGUGAUGGACGGCGACGCGUGUGCGAGCGUGCGUGUGUAUGUAUGUGCAUGCAUGAAAGUGUGUGUGCGUGUGCAUGCGCUAUCCAAUCAGAAUCAUCAUGUGUUUCAUGGUGCUCGAUUAACAACGACAAUCCACACAAACGUUUGCUUUAGCGGGAAUAUGGCACUGGUCUUACUGUUGUUAUUAAGUCACGAGAGUUUUCUUUUUGCAAAAGUUACAGUUUUAAUGUAAUUUUUGAGGUGGAAAGUGAUUUCAAAUUAUUUUAAUUGUCAUUCAUUUUAUUGUAUUGUUUUGUUAAGUACUAGUCACAGAACAACGGUGUAACCUAUUUUAAAAACGAAUGUAAUUUAUUAAGCCCGGCUUAGCCACGUGCGCUGGUCCUCGGUUACCACGGCUUCUGCCGUAAGCUCAGCCAAUCAGGAGCCGGCUUCUCAUAUUCUGAGGCGACCGGACAUGGCGCCGUAGCGCAAGCCGGGCUAUAGAUCUGCUUGUGUUAUGUAAAGAUGUUUAUUGUAUAGGUAAUGUUUUACCAAAAAACGAUUUAAAAUUGAACAAAAAAAGUAAAAAAAUAUAAUAGAAAAAUCUCUGUAGUAUAAUAGUUCUUUCAUAAUAAUAAUAUUAAGUUGUUGCCGUGGCAACCUACAGUUGCAAAUACUAAAUUUUUGGUAUUUUUGUAAAUGAUGUAAUUGUUAAGUUGAUUUUUGUUUCUUUUUGUUUUUCUAGAGCACUUGUACAAUGUUAGAUUGUAAAGCAGAUAUUGGAACAUUUCUUAUUUUUUUUGUCAUGAUGAUAUAACCAGGAGAUUUUCAGUAGCAUUUCUCGGCCUCUUUAAUGGUGUAACGUUUAAGAUGUAGUCAUAAAUACUCACCGGUUACAAAUAGUGUGACGUAACUUAAGAAACAGUCCCACAAUAUUAUAUCAGUCCAAUCGACUAGCCUUUUCUUUUCUUUUUGAUGAUGAUGACGUAAAGGAUCUCAAGUAGUGCUGAAGAUUGCUUUUAUAUUAUUUAUGAAAAUUGUCCUGGUUUGUUCAACAUCUAAUGAUUGCACUUUGAUUUCAUGUAACUGUAAGAUGUUCAUUCAAACAGAUGCACAGUGAAACACAAAUCAAACAUAUUGAUUAUUUUAUCGGUUUUGUUACACCAGACAACUAAAUAUUCUGUAAGCAUCUUGCAUGGUAUUUUAUGUCAAAUAAGAAGUUAUUUUCAAUUUAAUCUAAGAAAACAAAAUAUUGAAUGUUUCUAUCUACACUACAGAAGUAAAAAACAUCUUCACAUUUGUUGUUUUUAACGUGGGACUUCUCAUGCAGGAGAAACACUGUUGACUGAUGGUGUGAAGAAGCACUUUUUGUAAACUGAGCAGACACAGCGUAUUCAAACACUUUGCCUUACCUUUAGUCCAUUGUUCUCUUGUGUUCUCCUGCGUCAACAGAAUUUUCUUCACAUCUUCAUUCAGAUACCAGUAUACUGGACCUAUAACUAACAAAUGUAAGAGUUUAUUGGUCCUAAACAUUUUCACCGAGAGGUUUGAUGCUCUUGAGAUGUCACGUCAGACUCAAAGGAUUGUGGGUAUUUACGCUGUGCUGCUUGACUUCCAUCAGUAAUGCAGAAGCCCAUCCACACACACACACACAGACACACACACAUGUUCACUGAUUAAUAUGAGAAGAAAAAAUUAUUAAGCAAGCCCUCUUUGGAUAAUAUUAGUUUUCAUGUAACCAUUUAAAAUGUUUUAUUUGUGCAUAUAUAUUAUGUGCUAUUUUAUGUCAUAUAGUCAAAAAUGUUUUUGGUUCCAGAAAAAUAGUGUAAAAUCUAUUGAGACAAAACCAAUAAAUUAAAAAUUAAAAAACGCGA